AUGCCAUUAUCGGCAGCAUCAACGCUUGAACCCUCAGCCAGCAUAGCAGCCGAAUGCCUGGACGGAAUAGAAAGAAUUUCAGGAGUUUUAGACUCUUCUACACCUGAGAUGACAUCGCUCGAGAAACAAGGGUUACUGUCUGCGGCGAAACAGCUUGUAGAGAAAUUGGAGGGACCUGAAAUUGGGAUUUGGAAAGUUGUCUUCGGACCUCAAGCAAAUGCGGCGCUCAGAUCAGCUAUUGAAAUGCGAAUAUUCGAGGUCUUUGAGAGCAAUGAUGAGUCGAGAAAUGCUGAUCAGCUCGCGGGGCAGACUGGAGCCGAAAGAUUACUACUAGUCCGUGUCAUGAGAGCGCUUACUUCCGUCGGAAUCUUCACAGAAGUCGGCGAAGAGACAUACGCCCACAACAUGCGGUCGAAACUAUUCACUAAUACCACCUUUCGCACUAUGAUGCGCGGAAUGUCCUCGAUCAUGACUCCUUAUCUCGUAAAGUUGCCAGAGUAUCUCUCUAGCACCUCCUUCCAAAAUCCAGGCACUGAGGAAAAAAAUCUGUUUCAGUACGCUAUGAACACCGAGAUGAAUUACUUUGACUGGCUACAUACCCAGCCUCGCGAUCUAGAGAUCUUCAGCGCUGCUAUGCAAGCUUCUUCACAGAGAAGUCAAGGUGCCGCGGCAAAGCUCGUGUCCUCCCAAUUUCCGCUAUCAGAUGUUUUAAACUGCAGUACCAAGAAGUCCGAAGAACUGGAGGAAGAAAACGUACUGAUUGUUGACGUUGGUGGGGGACGGGGCAAAAUUUUGAAUGAUCUUAGAGUGGCAAGGCCAGAUUUACAAGGAGGCAUGAUUGUGCAGGAUUUGCCCAAGGAGAUUGAUGGGCGAGAGCCGACCCCCGGUAUUAGAAGUAUGGCACAUGAUUUUUUCACUCCUCAACCUAUUAAAGGGGCGCACACCUAUUUCUUCCGCCACAUUUUCCAUGACUGGCCCGACAAUGCCUGCAUCAAGAUUCUCCAACGAACUAUUCCCGCUAUGAAGAAAGGAUAUUCGCGAAUACUAAUUGUAGAUUCAAUCUUACCCGAUAUGGGUGCUUCUCUAUUUGGAUCUCUUCUUGAUAUCAACAUGAUGCCGCUUUCGGGCAUUGAACGUACAGAGAAACAUUGGAAGAAGCUUUUGGAAGGAGAAGGUUUGAAGGUAGUAAAUAUACAGUGGCCUGCUACUGCUGGGGGAAGUCGAGAUUGUGCUUUGGAGGCUUUAUUAGAGUAG